CCUCUCUUUUGACCGCAAAACCUCCUCUCAUCGUACUUUUAUUCCCUCCACGCCGCACAUCCACACGCAUCCCGCGUCCUCUGCAUCACCCCCCAACCUCCAUCCCCCGUCCUCGUGCCUCUGACUGGCUUCUGCACUCCGCUCUGCACGACGGGGCUUGCCAUUGCCUGAUCCAUAUCUAGCCUAGAUACUCCGCCAUGCCAGUGUCGACGGAACUACAACCAGCGACCAGCAUAACUGCAACCUAGACCCCAACAAUUGCCCCGGUACCGCCUCCUUACAGAAGCAACGAAGAUCCCGCUGCAUUCGAAAGACCCUUCUCCGUAUUGCUCUCCAGACCUCCAGGCUUUGUCUGGACGCCCACGCAGCACCAGACCCAGGCCCUGUUCUCGGCUGUCCACUUUUCCUCGCCACAGGCCAUGAGGAGCAGCAAAAGCAAUAAGUCCUCCGCUCAUUUCUCACGAGCCUUACCCCCCGAGGUCACCUGAACAACGUUCAUUCUGCGCGACCCGGUACCUGCAUUCGAAGGAAAACUCGCUCGUGCCAUUUCUGCAUCCCACAACCCGUUGCGAAUUCUUUCUCCCACAAACGCCAUCUAGUCCAUCUUAGUCUGCGCAAAGAACAUCCCUUGAUUGUCUAUCGAAGUAUUGGGCUGAGGCCGAGGGGGACACAUACAAACACGGGGUACUGCAGAGAAGUCGCAACUACCUUAGGCAAGUCUACAACCGGGAAGACAGGUACUCUGCGCCAACCCAGCAAUACCUCCACCCCCCACAGACCGCAUAGCUGCGACAGCCCAGUGGGAAGAAUUAGGAGCCUGUCUGAAUCCCCUCGUCGACUUCCACUGUGAGUCUUGGCUGUGCGGAUCAUUGGCAUUCCGAUCAUGCCGCAUAACCCGUGAUAUCACUUGCCUGCAUCGCCGCCUGGAUCACUGUCAGGCUCUCAGGCUUGUUGUGACAACCGCACGUUCACGCAUCAUGGCAGAGCUCGACUCUGUGGAACAAAGGGAGCAGGAUUCGCUCGCCCAGAACGGCUCCUCCGACGAUGUCAAGGACGCCGAUGGCGGCGGAGGAGAAAAUGUCGGUGGACCACCGCCGAAAAAGAGGAGGAGAGUUGCAAAGCCGAAUCCAGACAAGAAAUUCGAGUGUAAACACGAAGGGUGCGGUAAAAGCUACUCUCGUGCUGAGCAUCUCUAUAGGCACCAGCUCAACCAUACUCCCAAGACAAUCUAUCGUUGCGACUAUCCCGACUGCAGUAGGUAUUUUGUGCGUCAAGAUCUUUGCAUUCGACAUCGGGAACGACAUACAACCCAUGGCUCCCAACUCCACAAGCGGGAUGCUUUCGCCCAGUCCACCUCGAAUACCCAGGUGAUGCCUACGAUGGCACCCCAGCACCACCACGGUCAACCUCAAGCUUAUCCAAUGUCUGCCCCUGACGUCAAGAGUGCCCAGGAUGGCCAGCAUCUCGGCCCUCAACAGGGGCAUUCCGUCGACAGUCGUCACUAUGGACAGCCGUCUCACAUUGCCAACAAUACUGUCCCUCCUCAAACGGCGUCCACCGAACCGAGAUUUCAUCCUCCCACCCCGCAAACCGCCGUUGCCAGACCGGAACCCCCGUUGCAUCGUACCGGCAGCCUUAGUAGCAAUCCUAUGAGCCCACCGCAAAAACAAGAGAACUGGUCCUCAGUUGUCCGCAGACAAAGUUUCAACAAUUCGGAUCAGAGGAGGGACCAGGCAUCUUAUUCCCAGAUGCAAGCAAGAGAUAGGAGCUCGGGGCAAAAUGUCCCGCCAUCGCCCGUUCGGCAAUAUUCCGGGACGUCGGGACCCCCUCUGCAGCCGGUCCGAUCGCACUCCGACAGUGCCAUGGACAGAAGUGUAUUGAAUAACGGCUAUAUGCAGUCUGUUGACAUGACUUCCGCUGCCGCGUACUCUUCGGCAGGCUAUCCAUCUGCCGGUGUGUCGCGGACGGCAGAUGCUGCGUUUGCUGCUGCGGUCUCACAUGGAUUGACCCGGAAUGAUCCCUUCUCAUACUCCCUGCUUAACACCAGUAUGUCGAACGUGGACAUCAACACCGGCUUCGGGUUCCCUGUCUUCGGCGGUGACGAGUUCACUCAGACGCCAUUCACUGUGGCGGAUGAUUUUACGCAGUGGCUCUUCAACGAUGCUCAGUCUGGGUCCAACGAUUUCUCGCCGCCCAACUACGUCCCCGGUUACAGUGGCCAUGACCAGCAGCAGGUUCAAGGUCCGUAUUUUUCCCAAAGCCCAUCAUCAUCUGGCAACAACUACUCCACAAGUACCGGCUUGCAGCAUCCUAUGAGCGUUACCAGCAUUCUGGAUUCAACUGCGACCAGCCAAUACAUAAUGUCUGAGUCCAAACGUCACGAGCUCCUCGAUCUGAUGCAGACCCAAUUCCUUGAACGCCCGCACGAUGCAGUGAAAAAGAGAAAGGACUCCGUGUUUGAAGGUGACCUUGACAACGAGGGUCAUAUCUUGAGUUUGCGAAUGAUGCACACCUACAUUGGUUCAUAUUGGUAUCAUCAACAUGCGCAGUUGCCCAUCCUACAUAAGCCCACUUUUUCUGCUGAUCGGACUCCCAACCUCCUGUUACUCAUGGUCAUUGCCAUUGGGGCUGCGACGUUGGAUAAAGCUUACGGCACGACUUUAACCGAUUCUGCGGCAGAAUUUGCCAAUUUCGUUGUUUGGCAUCUGCGCUGGGAAAUUGUCCGAGAUGUCGACUUCAGACCUCCUGCAAAGCUCUGGGUCUUUCAGACCCUUCUACUUAUCGAGGUAUAUGAGAAGAUGUAUGCGACUCGGGCGCUGCACGAAAGAGCGCACAUUCACCAUGACUCGACCCUUACUCUCAUGCGCCGCGGCAGCUCCCUCCUGGGUCGUUCAGCAUCUGAUUCCCCGCCCAGUCUACGAGGAGAGCAGGACAAUGGGAGGAUGUCGGUACCGUUCAUGGGAGCAGAAGCCUCAAAAUCCGAAGAAUCUUGGCAUCGAUGGAUCACUACCGAAGCAACGCGUCGUGCAGCUUUCGGAGCCUUUGUUCUUGAUUCCAUUCAUGCAACUAUGUUCGGUCACGCGGCGAAGAUGGUCGCACAUGAGAUGCGCCUACCCUUGCCAUGUGAUGAAGGUCUUUGGUCCGCUGUUUCCCCCUCCGAGGCUGCGCGAGUUCAAUCCUCGUUGCAGACCAACGGAAUCAAGCCAAUCAUGUUUCUUGAUGGUCUAAAGAGGACGCUGAACGGUCAAAGAGUACGCACGAAUUCCUUCGGCCGUACCAUCAUCAUGGCGGGUCUGCUAUCCGUCUCUUGGCAUAUGACUCAAAGGGAUUUGCAAAUCUCUUCCCUCGGACCGCGAACAGCCAACUCCUUUGGAGGGCCAGACAAAUGGAAAGGCGUCCUGUUACGCGCCUUUGACAACUGGAAGCGGGAUUUUGACGAAGCUUUGGCAGAAGCCACACCUGCCCCGUCCUCCCCGUUGCGGACCCCCGUUGCACCUCCCCACCCAAUCUUACGCCCAGUUGAUGAUGAAAACAUCUUCGAGUCACGGACGGUGCUGCAUCAUCUUGCACACAUUGCCGCCCAUGUCGAUGUUGUUGAUUGCCAAGUCUUCGCCGGUGCGAACAGACUCCUCGGACGCUCAAUAACCCCAAAGGAUUACAGUGUUGUACGUGAGAAGAUCGAGCGGUGGGCUACAAAGGCUUCGGCAAGAGACGCAGCGUUUUAUGCUCUCAAAUUUAUUGUUCAGGUUCUCAUUCCACCAGACGGAGAUGGGCUGGAUGGGAUCAGCGGUCGCUUGUAUGGCCACGCCAGCCCAAUCCUUCCACAAGCAUUCGAGCACAACCAAUAUAUUGCUCGUGAUGAUUUCCUGUUGAAUCGCCCCUGGGUGCUGUACAUAUCAGCACUCGUCGUCUGGUGCUACGGUUUCGCCCUUGAAGGCCCCAUCAAGCCUCCCCCAACCGAAGCAGAAUUCGAAACCUACGAGCAAAAGGAGCGAGACAUGCGGCAAUACCUCGAGAGGGUUGCUGGAGUUCGGGCACCCGAUGAUCUUGAAAACGUGAAAGGCAAGAACCGAUGUCUCGGAUUGCUCAUGAUUUUAAAGGAGUCCUUCGAGAGCACAAGAUGGGAGCUCACCCAUGAAGCCGCAGGUCUCCUGGGCAAUGCCUGUUCCAAACUCAAAGGCAUUGACGAAGACAAAAUCGUGGGUCCCGGCAGUUUGGCAAGGGACGAUCCCAGUUUGACACCCAAUGGCUAUUUCUACGGAAAUUCCAACGGCCACACUCACUCGGGUAUUCACCGUGAAAACAGUCGAGAGCAUGUGACUGUCGCUAACGCGGCCAGGAUAUAGGCUGCGGAGCUGCUGGUACACACUGACGCGAGUUUCUUACUCCGGUUCGUUUUUCACACCAAACCCCGGUCAGGGCAGAAAUAGUAUAGUUUCCGGGUAGCCAGCACACCGGCUGCGUGCGAGAGCAGCAUGGCACAGCACCUGCAGUCUCUUUCGGUUUCACCAGGCCGGUCGAACGUGGAGCCUUGCUUACAGGGAAUAACGAUCUUUCUUAUUGCUACUAUUGGAUGCUCUUGUUGAGUGCAAAGGAUUUCAAAACAGGUUCGACGAAAUUUGCCUUUUUUGUUGCGUUUUGUGUUUAAGCAGGCGGCUAUCUGAUACCCCAUCUGUUGUGACUUUUGUCACGUCUUGUUUAUAUCAUUGUUCAUGUCAUGUUUGUUGUCAAUUACAUCGGCAAAGGCCACAGCAUAUAUCCCUCCUAACACAUCACCGAAGGGUCGGCGAGAUGGCAUUCGGCAUUCGGAAUGGGGCAACUUUUGCCACUUGGGCACCAAUUAAAGGUUGGGACAUUUAUGCGAACAUGUUUGCUUUUCCUUGUUCAGAGCUGCAUGUACACGGUGCACGGAAAUUGCUUUUGCGGUUUGCAAGGGUGUGCAGAUGGAACCCGCGAAAUUGUGGAGAAAGGAGCACAUGUUUAAACAGAAUGAUGUCUCAAUAUGCAUGCAUACGAUGCAAAGGCUGGGUUGAUCAAGAGAUGGCAAGUGGAAGCGAUGGAAUGCAUCUUCCUACUUGGUCGCAGUCACUGAUUUGAGCAUGUUGUUCUUUCACGCGGCAUGAUACAUCUGGACCUGGGACGAUCUCAUCACGCGGCAGUCUGUCUCUACCAGUCGGAGCAUUUUCAACAGCGGCUGGUCAUUUCUUCCAGCUGUGGUUGUCUGUCUUUACCAAACCGGAUUCGUUUAUUCCUUUCUUGAGCGACGGCAAUCCAUUUGUUGCACCACUGCACGUAUGGACAUGAAGAAUAUGUCGUCUUGCAGGCACGACCUCAGGAAGAAUGAAAUGGCAUCAAACGUGCCAAUCUACUAAUGUCGAUCUGUUGCGGGCCCCUGAAUUUGUGGGCAAAUUUGUUAGGUUUUCUCACUGUCAUUAUAUUACGCAUCAUAUUGGCACAUGGCGGGGAGGGGACGGAAAAGGGGACAAAAAUAAGCUUUAUGAGGGAUGGUUAGGUGGAUGAAUCGAUGAGUGAAUGGAAGGAUGGAUGAACAGAUGAUCGAGACAUAUGAUAAACCCAGGUGGCACGGGGCACACAGGGGAGGAAAUGGGCGAGAGGGGCGGCGACGAGGCUGAAAUGGGUGACGGAGACGGAGAGGUGAACAAUAGCUGUAGUCGAACAUAUGCACCUUAAAUCCAUACUACGUGGUGUGUCUGCACCACAGAUCUUCUCGAAA